AUGGGUCUAGUUGAUUGGAAAGAGUUCAAGGGUGCUUUCUUUGACCACUUCUUUCCAUUGGUGUUGAGGGAAUCUAAGGUGCAAGAAUUCAUCAAUUUGAGAAAAGGAACCAUGAGUGUAAGGGAGUACACCCUAAGGUUCACUAAAUUUUUGAAAUAUGCUCCUUUCAUAGUUGCUGAUCAUAGAGCUCGUAUGAGCAAGUUUAUUUUGGGUGUGUCGGACUUAGUGCUCAAAGAAUGUAGAACCACCAUAUUAAUCAAGGAGAUGAACAUGCCAACGCUCAUGACACAUGCCAAGCAAAUUAAGAAGGAGAAGUUGAAGAAGAGGUCUAGAGGGGAAUCAAACAGGGCUCGGACAGAUGGUGAAAAGUUUUCUCAUGGCAAGUCUAGUAAUGAUGGCCUUCCUCAAUUUCUCCAAAAGUACAUUUGCAAAAAUUCUUUCAACACCUUGGCUCCAAAGUUUAGCAAAGAUAGGGUCUCUAACCCUAAUCCUCAAGGAGAUGCUCUGAGUGGUCAACCUAUUUCCCCAUGCAAGAAGUGUGAUAAGAAGCAUAUAGGAAAAUGUCUAACUAGAUCGGGUGCUUGCUUUGGUUAUGGUAAUAUGGGUCACCAGGUGAAGGAUUAG